AACUUGGCCAAUGAACAGCGAAAGUGGGAGGAACCGAGGACGCGCUUGAGAAACCGCCCUUUACCACAGUAUAAGAGGGCUUUUACAGCAGAUCCUCUCCACAAACCCGCAGUAACACAAACAGUGAGCCACAGGAUACAGGCUUCUGCUCAUGCGAGACAUUCAUCAUUAGAGUCAAUGAGGGGAACGCUGGUGCUCAUAUUCCAGGCUCUGCUAUGGCCUGCCAUCUCAGUUUCAGGCCUGUUUACUGUGAAUGUACAGAAGAGCUCUUACGAGGCAGAGCUGCACGGGGACGUCGAGCUGGUGUGUGUGUUCUCCGAUGUUAAACAACCCUCAAACCUCACCGUCAUAUGGACCCGCAUCAACCCGAAGCCAGAUGUGGACGUGUAUCGGCUCGAGAAAGGCAGAGAAAACCAAAUUUACACCAAUGAUGCGUUCAAAAAGCGGGCGCAGCUCAUCCAAGAACAGCUGAAGGAAAACCGAGCGGUUUUACACUUGAAAAAGCUCCAGAUAAAAGAUUCGGGAACAUACCGGUGUAUCGUAAAAGAGGGAGAUGAGGGAGACUACAAGCAAGUCACGCUCAAUGUUACAGCUCCUUAUACUCCCAUCAAGAAAAGCGUGAGGAAAACGGGUCAGGAUGAAGUGGAGCUCUCCUGUGAGUCUCAGGGGUUCCCGUCACCUCAGGUUUUCUGGAGCGACGGUCAGAACACAAACCUCACGGAGACGUCCAAAAGCUCAACGCUCCAUACAGAUGAGGAUGUGGUCAAAGUGUUCAGCACGCUGACGGUGAGACGAGAUCUCGUGAACAACUACACCUGCUCUUUCCUCAGGAGCGGCGAGGUCCAGCAGACGGCCUCCUUCAGCAUCCCAGAUGAAGUCCAUCAUGAAUGCUCAGCUCAGUACGCGUGGAUCGGAGCCGUGGUCAUCGUGCUGUUAGCCAUAACCUUCAUCUACGUCAUUCUGCGCAGGAGGAGCAACGGUACUUUGAUAAUAAUUUUUUUUAAAAAUCAUGAUAUAUCUAGUCUUUGACCUAUACCAUAGUAA